UCGACUUCACCCUCGUGAAGUGAGAUGUUAGCGCUCGAGCCAUCAGCUGGCGGUGACACGGACACAGCUCACCACUCCUCGCCCUCAUCCCUCCCUUCAAACCCUCUCAUCAGCCGAAUGAGGGGACUCGGAAAGAAAAGCCAAGUGAGUGAAAGAAAGAAAUAGGCAGGGAAAGAGAAGAGUGCUCCAUGGUCACUCGCCCAUUGGAAGCACAUUUUGGAUUCGACUUUUUCUUGGAGGGGACUUGAGAGAAGAAACAAGCGUUUGUUGGCGUGCCAAAGGCGAACAGCCAUGCACCUGAAUCGGGAGGACGAGGACGGAAAAGGUUCUUUGUCUCUGAGUGUGUUCCUGGUAUCGGUGGGUUUAACGGUGUGUGUCGUGUGGCUGGUGGCGCUAUGCGGGGUCUGUGGAUGGUGUCAGCGCAAAUUGGGGAUGAGGAAUAAGCCGGGGGUGGAGACAGCGGGGACCCCAGACUCGGUGUCUGUGUCGGGGAGAGGCCGAGGAGAAAAUAAAGCAAUCAAUGAUCUUGACAGGGACUUUUGGAAUAACAAUGACAGCAGCAAUGUGCAGCAGCGCUGGAGCUCCUACCCACCCAAGGAGUUCCUCCUCAACAUGUCCCCCUACGCACCCUACGGAGACCCUCGCCUCACGCCCAAGUGAGUCUUGGUUAUACGGCUGGUAAGGGACCCCUUCUCUCUGCGCAGGGCUGUACUGAAAGGGGAAGUCCAUUCAGUCUUCUCUUAUUCCAGCGAUCCUCUUUAGCUUACAGGGACUUACCUGUGUCUCAUGAAACCUAUAAAGGUGAAUGUUCUCCAAGUCAUCUUUCACCCCAAAAAUCAAAAGGAAAAAAUGGGGAAAUUAUAUUUAGCAUGAAGAAAAUGAAACCUGUUUUUUAGGUGCAUUCAGACUUUUUUACAUUUUUAGAUUUUUAACAAACUUUUUUUUUACU